AUGCUGGAGGAAGUGGCCUGGAACAAAACAGAUAACAUCUUGGUGGCCGACGACUUCAAUGCUAAGGCGGUCGAGUGGGGAAUGCCGUACCAAAACUCGAGGGGUAAAUACGUGGUGAAAAUAGCGGCCAGAACAGGGCUUUAUGUUUUGAACGUUGACUCUAUUACAACCUUUCGGCGCCCCGGGUACACUGAGAUAAUUCCGGACAUCUCCCUCGCAAAUGAGGGCCUGUUACCGCGGAUCGAGGAAUGGAAGGUGAUCGAGGACUACACUGGAAGCGAUCACCAAUACAUUACCUUUAGUGUACACGGAGAAUCACGGAGAGGCAGAGAAGACAAAGCGACUCCACACAGAUGGAACGUUCACAAGAUGGACUCCGGAAACUUCAUUAAAACAAUAUCCCGGGAAAUAGAAGUUAUCGAAGGACCCGAAGCAACAGGAGAGGCCGCGACCGAAACGCUUGUCGGAGCUACUGUCCGCCACAUCGUAAUGGCUUGUGAAUCUGCCAUACCGCGCAAGAAACCUCGCCACGGCAAGCGACCUGCAUACUGGUGGACUCCAGAGAUCGCGGAGCUGCGCCGAAAGUGCCUGAAAUUGAGACGAGCUGCACGACGGGCAAGGAAAGGGAGCGAAGCAAACGCCAAAUCUGCGGAACACAAGGCCGCGAAAAAGCAACUGCGCCGGGCCAUAAACAAAAGCAAGGUCAAUUGCUGA